UGUUUUUUAAUCAAACUAGUAGUGGGAGGGAAUAAUAGAAUAUGGCCCAUUGCUCCAUUUCAACUAUUAAGAGCUGCUUUGCUUCUCAACUCCUCACUUCCACCACCACCACCACCUCAACUCAAUCUAAAGUUGCGUUCCGCCCUGUCGCCACCGCCAAGCUCAACUCCUCCUCCUCUGCCGCUACUACUCCCAUCAGUCUCAUCCGUAACGAGCCCGUUUUCGCUGCUCCUGCUCCCAUCAUCCACCCACUUUUGAAGGAAGACAUGGGAAAAGACUCAUACGAGGAGGCCAUUGCUGCACUCGGAAAGCUUCUAAGUGAAAAUGGAGAACUAGGACCUGUCGCUGCAGCAAGAAUUGAUGAAAUCACAGCUGAACUGAAAACAGUCGAUGGAAGCGUCUCCUCUUCCGAGUCCAUCGAGAGGUUGAAAACUGGAUUCAUCCACUUCAAAAAAGAGAAAUACGAGCAGAACCCAGCAUUAUACGGCGAACUUGCCAAAGGUCAGAGCCCCAAGUUCAUGGUGUUCGCAUGCUCAGACUCGCGUGUGUGCCCAUCGCAUGUGCUGGACUUCCAGCCAGGGGAGGCGUUCGUGGUCAGAAACAUUGCCAACAUGGUUCCUGCAUACGAUAAGACCAAAUACUCUGGAGUUGGGGCUGCUAUUGAGUACGGUGUUCUGCACCUAAAGGUCCAGGAAAUUGUGGUGAUUGGACACAGUGCCUGUGGAGGAAUCAAGGGGCUCAUGUCCUUCCCAUUCGAUGGAACCACCUCCACUGACUUCAUUGAGGACUGGGUGAAAAUCUGUUUACCUGCCAAGGCCAAGAUCAAUGCUCAGCACGCAGAGACGCCUUUCGGCGACAAGUGCGUACUAUGCGAAAAGGAGGCAGUGAAUGUUUCACUUGGAAACCUGUUGUCGUACCCAUUCGUUAGAGAGGGAUUGGUGAACAAAACUCUCGCACUAAAGGGCGGUUACUACGACUUUAUCAAGGGAAGUUUUGAGCUGUGGGGGCUAGAGUUCGGCCUUUCGCCAUCUCUCUCUGUGAAAGAUGUGGCCACAAUACUGCACUGGAAGCUCUUGUAGGAGCACGGUUAAGAGGGCAUUCUGCAGAGAUAUCGAGUUCUCUGUAAUUACUCAAUCGGAGAACAAUUAAAAAAGAAAACUACUUAAUUAUGUAUGAAAUGCUUGCAUCUAAUGCAAGAGCCUGAAUCAUUUUGACUUAUUUAUUCCAAAUCAACAUUUGUUUUGUGAGGCAGAGUU